UUGCCGACCAAUUCUCUCUCUUCACCGCCUCUCUAUCAGUGUGCUCCUGUCUCCGGCGGCGAUUUAUCUCGCAGCUAGCUGUGCGGCGUGGACUGUUGCAGCUUGUUAUAUCACAUACGAAUAGUAUCCUCAAAUCAUGUCGCGAAUUUGUGUGAAAAACUUGCCUAAGUAUGCAGCGGAGGAGCAUCUUCGAGAAUUCUUCUCUCAGAAAGGGGAAGUGACGGAUGCAAAGCUUAUGCGCACCAAGGAUGGGAAGAGCCGGCAAUUUGGCUUUGUGGGGUAUAGGACGGAGAGUGAGGCUGAGGAAGCUAUUAAGUAUUUUAACAAAUCUUUUAUGCAUACUGCCAGAAUUACUUGUGAGAUUGCUCGGAAGGUUGGAGAUCCCGAAGCUCCUCGUCCUUGGAGCCGACACUCAUUGAAGCAAAAGGAGAAUUUGCCUGCAGAAGAUAAAAAAGCAACUGGUUUUAAAGAUCCUAAAGCCAUGGAACAAGAUGGGAAGAGUAAGAAAUGUAUCAAGGAUGAUGGGACUGAUGAUCCCCAAUUUCAAGAGUUUCUUGAGGUUAUGCAGCAUCGGAGCAAGUCAAAAUUGUGGGCGAAUGAUACAGUAGCUGCAGUCUCUCGUGAGAAAAGUGGUUUGGUGCCAGAUGACAAUUACAAGACGGAAAAAGGAGAGGAAUAUGAAUUUGACGGAGAUCUUGAAGAAUCAGAAGGAGAAAUUGAUGCUGCAUCAAAAAAAAUAGACAAAGCUCAAACUUUGGCUCACGAUGAAGCUGUAUCCGACAUGGAUUAUUUCAAGAGCAGAAUUAAAAAGAAUUGGUCAGAUUCAGAAAGUAGUGAUACCGAGGGUAGUACGGAUGGCACUGAUAAUAGUGAUAGUGAUAAUGAUGAAAGUGCUGCAUGUAAAGUAAAGAGAAAAUGUGAUCCUGUUGAGAAGACAAUUGAAACUGAUGUUUUUGCUGGGGAGGCUGAAAAUGGCUUCUCUAAAGAAAGCAAGAACUCAGAUGAACCAUCAUCCAGUCCGAAAAACGAUAAUGCUGAAGUUCUAGAAUCUACCCGUCUGUUCAUCCGCAAUCUUCCCUACACUGCCACCGAGGAGGAACUAGAAAGUCACUUCAGCAAGUAUGGUGCUGUAUCUCAAGCCCAUAUAGUUAUUGACAAAGAAACAAGACGCUCCAAAGGGUUUGCUUAUGUUCAUUUUGCUCUCCCAGAAGCUGCUGCUAGGGCUUUGGAAGAGAUGGACAGCUCAAUUUUUCAGGGGAGGCUGUUGCAUGUUAUGCUUGCUAAACAAAAAAAGCCUUCUUAUGUGCAAGAGAUUAAAAAUGAUGAAAAACCAUCUUCGAAAACACUUAAGCAGAAAAGGACUGACGAAAGGAAGGCAUCAGAAGCUGCCGGAAACACAAAAGCAUGGAAUAGUUUAUUUAUGCGUCCUGAUACGGUGGUUGAGAACAUUGCACGCAAAUUUGGUAUCAGUAAGAGUGAACUUCUAGAUAGAGAAUCUGAUGACCUUGCUGUGAGAAUUGCACUGGGGGAAACUCAGGUCAUCGCUGAGACUAAAAAAGCUCUAUCAAGUGCUGGGGUUAAUGUUUCCUCAUUGGAAGAGUAUGCCGCUGGUAAAACUGAUGGUGUAAAGAGAAGCAACCAUGUUAUAUUAGUGAAGAAUUUACCAUAUGGUUCAUCAGAAAGUGAAUUAUCAAGUAUGUUCGGCAAGUUUGGCAGCUUGGAUAAAAUAAUUAUCCCCCCUACUAAAACCAUGGCUUUGGUUAUCUUUUUGGAACCUGCUGAAGCCCGUGCAGCUUUCAAAGGUUUAGCAUACAAGCGUUACAAGGACGGCCCACUGUACUUGGAAUGGGCACCUGGUAAUAUUCUUAGUCAAACCUCAGCUGUUGAUGCUAGUAAAGCUGGCGGUGAACUUGAUGCAAAGAAAGUUGUGCUGAAGCAUCAGAUUGAAGAUAUUGCGGAAGAAGAUGCUGACCCUGAUAGGAUCGAGUCACGCUCAUUAUAUGUCAAGAACCUGAACUUCAAAACAUCUGAAGAAAGUGUGAAAAAGCAUUUUGCAGAGUACAUGAAGGGAGGAAAGAUUCUUAGUGUCAGGAUCAAGAAGCAUGUAAAGAAUGGGAAGACUCUUUCAAUGGGAUUUGGUUUCGUAGAGUUUGAUAGUGUUGAUACAGCAUUGAAGGUUUGCAAGGACCUACAGGGAUCUGUUCUGGAUGGGCAUGCCCUCAUCUUGCAACUUUGCCAUCAUAAGAAAGAUGAAACGAUACCUAAAAAAAUUGAUAAUGAUAGCUCAACAAAAUUGAUUGUGAGGAAUGUAGCUUUUGAGGCAACCGAAAAGGAUCUCAAGCAAUUAUUUAGUCCCUUUGGUCAGAUAAAGAGAUUGAGGUUGCCAAUGAGGUUUGGAAACCAUAGAGGUUUUGCUUUCGUAGAGUUUCUCACGAAACAAGAAGCUCGGAAUGCCCUUGAAGCGCUCUCAAACACCCAUCUCUACGGUCGUCACUUGGUACUGGAGAGGGCAAAAGAAGGAGAGAGCUUAGACGAAUUGCGGGCAAGAACAGCCGAGCAGUUUGCGGGCUCUACUAAGUUAAACAAUAAAAGAAAGCAGCUUCCUCUUCCCCUACUAGAUGAAGGGAAUGUCAAGCUUCAAAGAAUGGAAGAAUAGAGUUUUUGUAGUGUAUGUUUUUUUGUAUUUCUAUCAUUAACUUUGUAAACUAGAAUGCCGAGUUGUGUAACUUUGAUAUAUUUAAAAACCAACAAUUUUGAGGGUGUAACGUAAUAUCAGUUGAUGUAAAACUGGCAAUUUUGAGAUUUUGUUUUUUCUUUUACA